CCAUGAAUAAAUUCUAUAUAGCGGCUUUUGUUCCGUGAAGUGCACUACAGAGUGUAGAAAUCUCUCUUUAAUUCUAAUAUGUAGUGCCCUUUGUUUAGUGAGUGUAGCGUUAUUUAGGAUUGGACCAGUGGUUGACUGUUGAACAGCGCGCAGUUCUGUGCUGUGGUGUUUAUUCUCUUUGAAAUUAACUGAGCAGCUAAUAAACCUUCAGAAUGAGUAAUAUUUAUAUUCAAGAGCCGCCAACGAACGGCAAGGUUUUAAUAAAGACCACAGCAGGUGAUAUAGAUGUAGAACUUUGGUCUAAAGAGGCUCCUAAAGCCUGCAGGAACUUCAUCCAGCUCUGUAUGGAAGGUUACUACAACGGAACCAUAUUCCACCGUGUGGUUCCGGAUUUCAUCAUUCAGGGCGGUGAUCCAACUGGCACUGGGACCGGGGGGGAGUCCAUCUACGGUCGUCCUUUUAAGGAUGAGUUCCACUCCAGGUUGCGAUUUAUCCGGAGAGGUUUGGUGGCGAUGGCGAAUGCUGGACCUCACGAUAACGGCAGUCAGUUUUUCUUCACUCUGGGCCGAGCUGAUGAACUCAAUAACAAGCACACAAUAUUUGGAAAGGUGACGGGUGACACGCUGUACAACAUGUUGCGAUUAGCGGAGGUGGAGUGUGACAGCGACGAGCGACCGCUAAAGCCACACAAGAUCAGAUCUACAGAGGUUUUACACUCCCCCUUCGAUGACAUCGUGCCUCGUGAGAUACGGGUCAGGAAAGAGAAACACAAAGAGGAGGGAAAGAAAUCUCAGUCCAAGGCAACGAAAAAUUUCAGUUUGCUGUCAUUUGGCGAGGAGGCGGAAGAGGACGAGGAGAUGGUCACUCAAGUCAGCCAGACCAUGAAAGGAAAGAGUAAAAGCAGUCAUGACCUUCUGAAUGACCCCAAGCUGAGUUCCGUACCUGCAGUGGACAGCAGAACGAGUCACGGAGAUGCUUCAGAGGGAGAUGAAACACAGGACCAGGAGGAGGAGGAUGAAAGUGUGAGGAAGAAGGAAAUGAGAGAUCGCAUCUCAAAAAAGCUGAAGAAAGAGAAAGUAGAGGAGGAGAAGUCUGAGGUGCGUGAGGAGACAGAAAAGAGGAGCAGUCGCAGAGAUGAACUCCGUAAAGAAGCUCGUCAGCUGAAGAAGGAACUCCUCGCAAUCAAGCAGCGGAAAGAGGAGACGAAGAAGCCAGAGGAGACCAGCGCAGGUGAGAAGGCGGCGGUGAGCGAGGCCGUGUCCGAGUACCUGCAGAGCAAGAAGAAGUACGAGGAAAUGAGGAUGCAGAAGCUGAAGAAGGGUUCGGGCAGAGAGGCGCAGACACUCGCUCUUCUGGAUCGGUUUAGGUCCAAGCUGUCAUCAGCUAUUUCUGAAACUCCAGACACCCCUGAGGAUGAAGAGCUGGGAGAGGAUGAUGAUAAAGGAUGGAUGGCACAUGUACUGCAUUUUGAUGAACAAACCAGGAAGGUGAAGGACGCCAACAUGCAGGACGAGGACACGUUCGAGAUCUAUGACCCGCGUAACCCUGUCAACAAACGCAGGCGAGAGGAGAGCAAGAAACUGCUGAAGGAGAAGAAGGCCAAGAGGUGAUCUCCUGACCAUCACCACCUCCUCCUUCCUGUCCUGCUGUGCUCCGCCUCUGUUUAGGACGGACCUCGCUCCUCAACCUUGCUCCUCGACCUCGCUCAACAUCACCAACACGGCUUUAAAAUAAAGGACACGUCUGAGAAGAUGGGAAAUCUGACCUUGUCAAAACGAGAGCUGGAGUUGUCCAUUUAAUAAAAGAUUUUUUUCCAUAAAA